AUGCCGCCUAGGUCGCGAAGGAGAGACGACGGCACUGUGCGAGACUCAACGCGCUUCAACCAAAACCCUUAUGCGUCUGUUCCAGCAGACAAUGCUGGCGGAGGGGAAAAUGCGGAGGCUGGGCCCUCUGGUUCCAAUGAACUGACUCCUCCGGCCGAGGAGGAGGAGGAGGAGGCCCGCCCAACAAAGCGAGCCAGAGCCGCCAGUAUCGACUCUGACGAUCUGGACGCGGACGGACCCGAGUCCGCUGCAGCGAACGAGGAGCCUUCGCCUGCCAAGCGUGGGCCGCAGGUUAGACCGCAGCCGCUCAAAGGCAUCGGAGAGUUUAUGAACUGUGGAGAGUGCGGUAAGAAGUUCACGGUCACGGCGUACACCAAGGAGCACCCUCAGCACAAGCAGACGUGGCUGUGCUUUACUUGCUGCCCGAAACUGGGAAUUGACGCAUAUGCGAAAGCGAAGAAGCCGAGGAAGGCACCUGCGAAGAAGGACGCGCGUCAAAAGAUCGUUCACUACGAGGUCGUGAAGGGCGCGCCUGCCCUUGCUGAUCUCUGCAUCGGCAUUAUCGGCAAGUAUAUCGAGGAAGUGGACGCACUUGGCGACAUCGGAACAAUCAACCUUGACAAGGUUUGCAAGAUCAUCUGCAAGUCGCGACGCUUGACGCCUGAUACGGCGAAGUUGCUUUACAGCGUUGACCGCACCGAACUGGCGAUUUACAAGGCUAUGGCGCGUCUGUGUCCGCACCUCGAGAGCCUGCGACUGCUUUACUGCGGACAGAUGCAGACCGACACGCUCAAGGACUGGGCGGAGAGCAUGAGGGAUCUGCGCGAGCUGGAGCUGUAUGCGCCGUUCCUCGUGCGACAGGAGGGAUGGGAGGCUUUCUUCCGCGCGCGCGGCCCGCAGCUCGAGAAGUUCCUCCUGACGCAAAGUCCGCGCUUCGACGAAGACACCCUCGACGUCCUCGUCUCGUCCGCACCGAACCUGAAAGCGCUUCGCCUCAGCGAGAUCGGCAAGCUGAACAGCGAGUGGCUUCCGACGAUCGCCAAGCUGAAGAACCUCGAGUACCUCGACCUCUCGAGCCCUGGCACGCCACUCAGCGACGAUGCAGUGGCAGAACUCCUGUCCGCCGUGGGAGGCAAGCUGACCGAGCUCGACCUGAGCAGCAACCCGGAAUUGAGCGACGAGGUUCUUGACGCCAUUGCGAAGUACUGUCCGCGCCUCACCCACCUGUCUCUACACCACGUCGACCUCAGCGACGAGGGACUGGUGCGUUUCUUCCGCGCACUGAAGGCGAAGAAGCGUCCCGGUCUCAUCGAGCUUGAUCUCGAGAAGGGCCACGACUUGCAGUCCCUGGAUGACCUGAUCGCGCACAGUGGUCAGACACUAAAGACACUCUCGCUGUGUGGCUGGCGUGGCGCUGAACGCGAACAGCUUUCCCGCCUUGAAGAGUGCAAGAACCUCGAGUUCCUCGACAUCUCGUGGUGCCGCAACACGAACGAUUUCACCGUCAAGGACAUUUUGGAUGGGUGUGACGCGAUCAAGGAGGUGCGCGUGUGGGGCUGCAACCUUCUCACUGACAACGUACCGCGGAAAAAGGGUGUGCGCGUCGUUGGUGUCGAGACGCACGCCAUCUGA